CAGCUGCCUGAAGAGGAGUGGGAGGGACAGUGGUUACAGCGACAUCUGGGGCCCCGAGCGCGGGGAGCUUCUGGCUUCUCCAGGCAACUGUAAGCGGGAGGACUCGUUUGAGAGCUUGGACUCUUUGGGAUCAAGGUCGUUCACAAGCUGCUCCUCUGAUAUCACGUUGAGGGGGGCACGUGAAGGUUGUGAAAGUGACACAGAUUCUGAAUUUACAUUCAAAAUGCAGGACCAUAAUAAAGAUGAUAUGUCCUAUAGAAGGAUUUCGGCUAUUGAACCCAAGUCUGCCUUACCCUUCAAUCGCUUUUUACCCAACAAAAGUAGACAGCCGUCGUACGUGCCGGCACCCUUGAGGAAGAAAAAGCUGGACAAAAAUGAGGAUAACAGACGAAGCUGGGCAAGCGCCGUCUACACAGAAGCAGAUGGAACGUUUCCAAGACUCUUUCAAAAGAUUUAUGGUGAGAGCGGGAGUAAGUCCAUGAGUGAUGUCAGCGCAGAGGAUAUUCAGAGCUUGCGUCAGCUACGUUACGAGGAGAUGCAGAGAAUCAAGUCCCAGUUAAAAGAACAGGACCAGAAAUGGCAGGAUGACCUUGCAAAAUGGAAAGAUCGUCGGAAAAGCUACACUUCGGAUCUGCAGAAGAAAAAGGAGGAGAGAGAGGAGAUUGAGAAGCAGGCUCUUGAGAAGUCGGAGAGAAGAUCUAAGACAUUUAAUGAAAUGCUACAGGACAGGGAAUCCCAAAAUCAGAUGUCUACAGUUGCAUCGAGAAGGAGACUAUAUUCUUUUGAUGAUGGAUUGAAUGAAGAAAAGCUUCCCCCUAUGCUACCUGUGUCAGAAGCCUAUUCCCAGAGUGAGAGAGUAGAAGAGAAAGGAACGACUUAUCCGACAGAAAUUCCUAAGUGGGAUUCUACAACUUUUGCAAAAAGGGAGGCUACUGUCACAGCUGAAGUUCAGUUUCCUUCUAGAAGCCCCGUGGAAGAACAGCGCCCAGUCUCUUUGUCUUCUCAGCAUUCACUGAAUACACAAAUGGAGUCGACUCGAGUUUCAGCAACUCUCCCCAGAAGUUACCAGAAAAGCGAUGCGGCCAGGUUAACAUCUGUGGUCACACCGAGACCUUUUGGCUCUCAGUCAAGGGGAAUCUCAUCACUCCCGAGAUCCUACACGAUGGAUGAUGCUUGGAAGUAUAAUGGAGACAUAGAAGGCAUUAAGAGAACCCAGAGCAGUUCGAUCAGCAUCUCUGUGCAAAGACCGGACACAAGCCAGCUUGCGUCCAGCUCAUCCAGCGAAAGAGAGGCCGACGCGCCCAGAGAAAGUGUGAUGCGAUUGCCCUCACCUACACCUCCCUACUCAUCUCUUUCCCAGGAUCAGGCUGCCACUUCUAAAGACACAUUGUCUUCAAUAUCUAGCCCUGAUUUAACAUCUGAGCUUGGAGAAGGGAGAAGCUUGCCACAGGCAGAGGUCCCCAGGUCACAGGAUCAGUUCAGUGAUAUGAGAAUCAGCAUAAACCAGACGCCUGGGAGCAGUCUUGACUUUGGGUUUACAGUAAAAUGGGCUUUUUCCAGGAUCUUCGUAGCAUCAGUUGAAGCAGGUAGCCCAGCAGAAUUUUCUCAGCUACAGGUAGAUGAUGAAAUUAUUGCUAUCAACAACACCAGGUUUUCAUAUAAGGACACACAAGAGUGGGAGGAAGCCAUGGCUAAGGCCCAGGAAACUGGGAGCCUAGUUAUGGAUAUCAGGCGCUAUGGAAAGUCUGAUUGGGGCAAAGACCAGACUUCCCUGCCAUUUACACGGCAUAAAACCCUCAAUCUCACCAGUAUGGCUACCAAAAUUAUAGGUUCACCUGAAACAAAGUGGAUUGAUGCCACUUCUGGAAUUUACAGCUCAGAGAAAACUUCAAAUCUGUCAGUAACAACUGAUUUCUCGGAACGCCUUCAGAGUUCUAAUACUGAAUCAAAAGAAAUCAAUGGAAUUCGUGAUGAAAGCAAUACUUUUGAAUCAAAAGGAAGCUCCGAUUCUGUGGUUCCUGAUCUUCCAGUCCCAACCAUCAGUGCCCCAAGUCGCUGGGCCUGGGAUCCAGAGGAGGAGCGGAAGCGGCAGGAGAGAUGGCAGAAGGAGCAGGACCGGCUGCUGCAGGAAAAAUAUCAACGAGAACAGGAAAAACUGAGGGAAGAGUGGCAGAGGGCUAAGCAGGAGGCUGAGAGAGAGAAUUCCAAGUACUUGAAUGAGGAACUGAUGGUCCUGAACUCAAACAGCAUUUCUCUGACGGCCCGGGAGCCUGCCCUGGCCACCAGGGGUGAGGAGUCCAAGUCUCCCGACAAGGAAGGAACGCGGGCAGAGGAGAAGAUGAGGCAGCAGCAGCAGGAGGAAGACGCGAAUGAGGACCAAAGGAAGCGGCUGCAGGAACAGCUCACUCUUGAGAGAGAGAGGAAGGAGCAGCAGUAUCAGGAAGAGCAGCAGCAGAAGCGGCGUGAGGCCGAACAGAAGCACCAGGCAGAGAAAGAGAGGGAAACUUCCAUCAAAAUAUACCAGUACAGAAGGCCUAUUGAUUCCUAUGACAUACCAAAGAGAGAGGCAGAAUCUUCAGGUUUGCUUCCUAGUGACAGGAAUAAAUCCAGAUCUACUACUGAAUUGGAUGAUUUCCCCACAAAUAAAAAUGGAAGCAAUAGAUACGUAGACCGAAGUGGGAACAGUAGCUCAUCACAGAAGAGCUCGAAGAAGGAACCAGCACCAUCAGGAGCGGAGUUGGAGAGACAGCAAAUCCUCCAAGAAAUGAGGAAGAGAACCUCCCUUUAUGACGACAACAGCUGGAUCCGACAGCGCAGUUCCAGUGUCAACAAAGAGCCUAUUUGUCUGCCGGGGAUUAUGAGAAGAGGUGAAUCUCUGGAUAACCUGGAUUCCCCAAGAACCAAUUCUUGGCGACAGUCCCCUGGGCUCAGUCAGCCGUCAGGAGUCUAUGCCUCUUCCUCCGUCCAAGACUUCCGUCACCCCCCACCUCAGCUGCUGUCCACAUCAAACCGUGCCUACAUGCGGAACCCCUCCUCCAGCAUCCCCCCUCCCUCAGCUGGCUCUGUGAAGACCACCGCCCCAUCCCCCGUACCGCGUAGCCAUUCCCCCGCGGCUCAGCAGCCAGGCUCCCAGCCACGCAGCAGGUCGGUCAGUGGGAAGCGAGUGUGCUCCUUCUGUCAUAACAUUCUGGGCAAAGGAGCCGCCAUGAUCAUCGAGUCCCUGGGUCUUUGUUAUCAUUUGCAUUGUUUUAAGUGUGUGGCCUGCGAGCGUGACCUCGGAGGCUCUUCCUCAGGAGCCGAAGUCAGAAUCCGAAACAACCAACUGUACUGCAACGACUGCUAUCUCAGAUUCAAAUCUGGACGGCCAACCGCCAUGUGAUGUCAGCCUCCACCCGAAAGCCCUGCUGCAGAUAGAGGAAGAGGUGGUUGCCGCUGAUAUAGAUCUAUAAACACAUGUUGUAACAUCCUUUCGCUCUGUUUUUUUAAAAAGAAUAACACUUUUUCUGACCUCUUUAGAUUACAUCAGAGCAUUAUAGUCUUGGUAGAACCUGUAUUUUUGUUGUUUAUUUAUAAGACGGUAAUGAUGUGUGGCAAAAAGUGCAGUAUUUCCUUUUUGGAUUCAGCAUCAUAAAAGCACAGGAAAAAACAAGAACUUAAAAAAAAUUUUUUUUUGAGGCUGAUAAUGAUCCGAUUGACUUUCUAGCGGUGUUUUGAAGAGGGUUAUUUUAUUGUGUUUUUUUUUUAACUCUGAAACAUUAUUUGAAAUAGUUAAUAUAAAUAUGUAAUAGCAUUUGCUUUGUUUAUUAUAAAAUAUACUAAAUUAAUGCAGAGCCAUAUGGAAAAUUUUACUAAAAUCCACUUCCAAAUUUGCUUUGCAUAUUCUUCUUUUCAUUUAUGUAAUAUUAUGGUUAAUUUUUUUUUUUUUUAGCUUAUGUAACAUUUUAUUUGUUUGAUGAGGGAGCUCUAUUUUCUUCACCAGAAUUGUUGCUAAGCAGUUCUCAGUAGAAAGCUGCUUCUUUUCAUUCAUGAAAAUUAUCAUGGUUUGUAUGCCAGAAGUUUUCUUCAGAAACUAGUGAGCCUUUCUGUACAACUGCAUUUGUAAAUAAAGCUUGAUGCAUUUAA